CUGCUGGGAGGGGCCUCAGCCGGAAGGCAGCGUUAAAACCGCGGAGGGAGGCGGAGGCAGAGGCAGAGGCAGAGGUUCCACCAUGGGGAGGAAAGUCGCGAUCUUCGGCUCCACCGGCAUGACGGGGCUCGCCACACUGUCGCAGGCCGUCGCUGCAGGUCACGAGGUCACGGUUUUGGUCCGUGACCCUGCCAGGCUGCCUGCAGAGCCCAAAGGGAUUAGUGUCAUCGUCGGUGAUGUCACGAAUAAGGAAGAUGUCCAGAAGACCGUCAAAGGUCAAGACGGGGUCAUCGUCGUUCUGGGAACCAGGAAUGAUCUGAGCCCCACGACGAUGAUGUCCGAGGGAACCAAAAACAUUAUUGAAGCUAUGAAGGCCCACAAUGUGAGGAAGAUUGUGGGCUGCAUGUCAACAUUCCUGUUAUGGGAUGAAGCCAAGAUUCCGCCUCGCCUCCUGGACGUGACCAAAGACCACCAGAGGAUGUACGAGGUGCUGAAGAACUCGGGGCUUGACUACGUGGCCGUGUUUCCACCUCACAUCGAUGCAGAUGCCAUAAUUCUCAAAGAGAAAUUUCUGGAAACACUCGGCAGGUCAGGCAGGAUCCAUGGAGACAGAAACAAGAGUUUCAGGAAGUGAAGAUCCUUCAGACAAUCUGCCCCUGACCGGGAGUUACGCCGUGGCGGUCAAUCAAAGGGGAGGCCGAGUCAUCUCCAAACACGACUUGGCACACUUCUUCGUCAAGUGCCUGACCACCUCCGAGUACGAUGGGAAGUUUGUCUGCGUUU